AUGUAUAAAACGCUUAUAAUUUUGAUACAUCUUUGCCUUUUCUGCGCUGUAUCUCCUACACACAUAAGAGGAGAAUUCUCGACACAGGAAUUUUUCAAGUUUUUAGUAAAAUUUGGAUUUCAGAAGACAGAUAUUCAUUUUCAGAAGGAAACAUAUGGUUAUAUAUUUGGUAACUUAACGUCAAAGCAAAAUUUCAAGUAUCCCAUAACAUUUGCCGUGUUAGAUAGGCCACAUUUCUUACAUUAUUAUAAAAGUCGAGACAUCGUAGACAAAGAAAUAGCUUGUCAGGUUAUGUUCCAACAAUUGAAUGCUACAGCAUACCAUCCAAAAUGUAAUACAUUUGGGCAAGACAUAUUUAGAAGAAUACCCUGUCCAAAAGAUAAAUUAUGUGUGGAUGAGGAUUCACCAUGGAAUGUUAUAAAAAAUAAUCAGUUUUCCUAUGUUAUAAAGAAUAAUGGCCAACCCAGGUUCUGGUAUGUAUCAAUAGUGGCAUGUUACUUAGAUGAGGAGACUUGUACAUGGCAUCACUACACCGGCGCUCCAUCCUCGGAUAAUAAAACUUUAACAAAAUUACCACAGACCAUUCAGUAUGAUUUUUGGCUAGUUAAUGGCAGUCCUAACCUUUCCAUCUAUAAUUCGAUGCUGUAUCAGUUCUCAUUCGACAGACAAAAUACCUUGGAAUUGUACUUAUUGUUCUGGCUGUGUUAUAUUAUACUUUUGCCAGUUCAAAUUUAUGCUGUCAGGACACAAAGACAUCCAGUAACAAAGUUAUUUACAUCUAGUUUAGUACUAGAGUUUAUUGCACUCUGCUUCAAUGUGUUACAUACAGUGAAGUUUGCAGCUGAUGGAGUAGGAUUUGCGGGAUUGGCAGUAGCUGGUGAUAUACUGGACAUCAUGAGCAGAACGCUAUUUAUGUUGCUCCUUCUUCUAUUAGCAAAAGGGUGGGCAGUGACACGGUUGGAGUUGACCUACAAACCAUUGGUUUUUGGUGUAUGGAUGGUCUAUGGGAUUGUCCACAUUUUACUUUAUGUUUGGAACACGACUGAAGUGGAUAUAAUAGAAGAAAUCGACGAAUAUCAAACAUGGCCAGGGUGGUUGGUACUAACUCUGCGCGUUGCUAUCAUGACGUGGUUCAUACUGGAACUACGAAACACAAUGAUGUACGAACAUAACAUGCCCAAAUUGAACUUUCUCCUACAUUUCGGCGCUUCAAGUUUGGUGUGGUUCGUUUACUUGCCAAUAAUAGCUCUCAUAGCUCUACAAAUAAGUCCAUUAUGGAGAUUUAAAUUUAUUUUAGGUAUAACUUAUUCAGCCGACUGUUUAGCAUUCUGCGUGAUGGCGCACCUCUUGUGGCCGACGCGAUCAGAACAAUACUUACUGUUAGCACCACCAAAUUACACAGCAGGUAUAGAGGAACUGGACGAGUUCAACGAGUCGCCUCAUGUGGUCCACAGCGACACAGUCGCACUUACUGCAGUCGAAAGCAUAAACGCGGAAGACGAGGACGUCAUAUUUACUCGACCGCACAAAAAUGGUACGAUUUUUUCAUAGCAACAGAAAAAAAUCGAUAUUAAUUAAUUGAUAUCGGUUUUUCGUCAUGAUAAUUAUUUAAUAAUCGAAUACAGAAGAAAUAUAAUAUAUCGUCAUGGAGAGUAGUGCAAACGGUAUUGACAAAUCGUCAAUUUUGUUGUAAACUUUAUGGGAUUAAAAAUUUCGUCAAUUUAAUGUAUGUAACUGUGUGUAAUGUUAAUAGAUAUAUAACGAAUGGCUAAGAUCUUAAGCGCUCGGUUAAACCGUGGGAGUUAGUGCAUAUACGGUCGCUAUAGAUCAAAUAAAUUGUAUAAUGAAAUACACGUUGUACGUGUAAAAAAAAAAUAUGUAAAUACUCGUUUAUUUACCAAAAUUUUAUAAAAUCUUUCAUACCGACACUUUUUUCUUAACAUGCAACUCUGUGGUUCGUACCAAUAGCGCUCAAGAUCCGCGCCAUAUUUAAUGUCAGAUUCGCUCGUCAGUCAUUGGUUUUAAUAAUUAAUAUAGGUAAUUUUUUUUAUAACCCACCAUUCAAAAAAAUAUGUUCAGUUAAAAAAAAAUGUUUGAUGAGCACAAAAAAAAAUCGUUUAUAUUACGCAUUCGUCGGCGGAGCUGUUAGAAAAGUAUAAAUAGAAAUAGUCCAGGAUUGCGACUUUGCUAUUAAACUCCUAUUACAAUUUGAACAGCAAUUUCUUAAA